UUAUAUUUUAUGUGUACGUAGUUAAUAAACACGUAUGCCCCUUUCAAUUUUGUUGGGUGCAUUUACAGAGUUAACCUCACCAAACAAGCUAACCUAAAAAUACAGCGGGAAUUAUUAUGCUGUGAUAUGUUGUGAAAUUUACCAGAAUAAUUCAAAAUUAGAAAAGGACAGAUCAAUGGGAAUGAGAGGUGGAGGAAAUAGAGCAUCUCAAGCUUUAUAUAGGCCAGGAAGUGGACCUCUUCGAAAAUCGGGCAGAUCUACAGACGAUUUAGAUAAUGAAAAUAUCUCACAAGAAAAACCUAAAUCAAGCUCCGUCCAACAUCGCUUAAAACAAUCACAACUCAAUAGAUCUAAUCAAUCUCAAAAUAGUCCCCCAUCAUCUCAAGUUGAAAAUGUAACAGAAAAAUUGAAUGAUUUAAAUAUUAACUACAGAAGCAUUACAAAUAUAGAACAAGCACAAAGUUCUUCUCAAAAUAAUCCUGGAGAUUCAAGAAGAAAAAUUAAAAAACCAGAACAACAAUUAUAUGUACCAAAAAAAGUAAAAGAAGCAUUGGCUGAACAGGAUGUAACAAAUAGAUCUCCCAAUCAAGGAGGUUGGGAACGGGAUCAAGAGAGAGAACACAGUGAAGAUCGUGAUUCUCAUUCCAAUCGUAGUCAUAAAAGCGAUAAUCAACGUAAUCGGUCGAGUGGUCAUACUAGAAGAGAUAGUGAAAGUGGAACUAAAAACCGAGAUGAACAUGGUAAAAGAUAUUCGGGUAAUCGUAGAAAUCGUCAUGGUAAUGAAAAUGAAGAGCGUUGGCGAUCUGAUUCUCCUUUAUCUAGUAGAGGUUAUGGAAAUAGAAAAGAUAAUUCUCGUGAAGUUAGACAGGGCUCAGAACCUCUUUUUGUAACAACGAAUCAUUUAAAUGAUUUUAAUCGCACUAGAGAUACACGUAGUGUAGAGCCUGCUGGACAUGCAGAAAAAUUUCAAGGCAAACCACCAUCAGGCAAAUGGGGUAGUGCAAAAGAUAGUUUGCCAAAAAAUAUAAAAAUAGAACAUUUACCACCCAGAUUACAGAAAAAAUAUCUUUUGGAUAAUGGUUUACCUUUACCACCAAGUUCAUCACCUUCAGACGAUUCAUGGAGUAUUAAUGUCUCAUUUCAGGCAUCAUCAAACUAUAAUUUCCCACCUGCAAUACAACAUUCUCAAACAAUGCAAAAUUUACCUCCAUCUGGUCCAUUACCUCCACAAUCUAAUUGGUCUAAUACAGCACCAUCGCGAACUAGAGGUAGAGGUAGACUUAGACCAGAAGAUUUAGAAAGUUCAACAAACAUUUUUAGGUGUGUUACACCUGAUCAGUAUUCAGCUCCAAGUUCCAGAUCUCAUACACCAAGUCAAGAAUAUAUGCAAAGAUCUUAUGAUCGUCGUGGCAGUAAUAGUACUAUGUACACUAGUAUGGAAAGUUUAAGUCGUGUAGACAGUUCAGUGCUGCCAUCAUCAGCAUCGCCAGUUAUCUCAGUGUCAAAUGUGAAUAAACGUCAAACAUCACCCGAAAAUCAUCGUCGGGGAAUAUCUCCAUCUGCAACUUUACAUCGUACUCAAACGCAACGAGUAAAUAAUACAUCUGACCGUAAUGUAAUACAAGAAAAGAAAAACGAUCAACAAAAUUCAAGUAUCAGUUCAUUAAAAAAUGAAAUUGUUAAUAUUACAUCAAAUAUAUCGGCUGAACAUCCAUUCGAUUGGAGCGAAGAAGUAGAAUUAAGUGAAAAACUAGAAGCUGAGCGUGCAAGUCGUAGUUCAUCUGUAUUGAGUUUACGUGAAAAUGUUAAUAUAUCAGGAAAUGAAACAACAAGUAAUCAUAGUCGACGUAAAAAAAAAAAGCGUGAAAAGAAACAUGCAGAUCGUGGGAGAAGUAACAGCAGAGAUAAAACUCGUGUUAAUAGUCGUGAUCGACAAAACAAUCAACAAAAUAGAGAAAAUGAUAACUAUAAUAAUAAUCAAAAGAAUAGUAGCAGUAGUAGAAGAUACGAUCAUAGAAGACAUCGCAAUAUUAUACAGCGUAGCCGAGAAUCUAGUAAAGAUAGAAAUUAUCGUGGUGGUAAUCGAAACUUUGAUGACCUUCAUAGACAUAGAUUAUCUGAUCGAUAUUUAGAUGAAAAUUGGAGAACAGGUAGAAAAAUGUCAAUUUGUGACUCUGACGAUGGACGACAAACACCUAAUAUUUCUUCUCAUUCUAUCUCGUUGUCAAAUACAUUAUCCACACACCAAACUUCACCUAGUGGAUAUACCAGUUCUCAACCACCAGGUGUUUUAGUGUUACCCGAUACUAGCCAAUCUCCGCCUAGUCACCCAGUUUCGAGGCAACAAGGAACACAACAGCAAAGAACGUUGUUUGAUCCCAACAAUCCUAAUAAACCUAUUGUUAUUACUUCACCCAGUAGUAGAGCAGUAGUACAAAGAGAAACUGAAACAAUAUCUCAAGGUUCGACUAUACCAGUGUUUCAAUCCCAUGGAGGUAUUACUUCUACUCAUCAUAGUUUUCAGGGAGCACAUUUAGAUGGUGUACCACCACCAUAUAUGACAAAUGACCAAUUUGGAAAUAUAAGACCUUCGUGGUAUGAUCCUUAUUCUGAUAGUUUUCGAUUAGCCAAAAACCCUUAUUUACUCUUGGAUAUAGAACGUGCUGAUUUAGAAUUGCAAUGGAUAUUAAGUUCCGGUGGUUUUACAUCAAAUUGGGAGAGGGUUUUAUAUAUAAGACACUUUCUACAAGAAAGUUUAAAAACUUUGCUCGAGACUGAUAUUAAAUUUUGCCAAGCUGAGAAUGUUGAACAACAUUUUUGGAAAAUACUUUUUUAUAAUAUGAUUGAAAUGCUACGAAAAGGCAUGCCUAAGGAAAGUUCUGAAGGGCGAGAACAUUAUAAAAAAAUUAUGUUACAAAUUAUUGACGAUGGUACUGUAUAUUUAGAGAGUUUAUUGACUGUCCUUGAAACCAAAUAUGAAUUUAAAUUGGAUACAUUUCUUGCAUCGUCAACUUUGCCUAAGGGCCUUGGGAUCUUAGGUUUAGCCUUAGUAAGUGCGCAAAAAAUAUAUCUAUUUUUGGGUGACUUGGCGCGAUAUAGAGAACAAGCAAAUGAAACAAAUAAUUAUGGAAAAUCUAGACAAUGGUAUUUAAAAGCACAACAACUUAAUCCAAAGAAUGGAAGGCCUUACAAUCAGCUUGCAUUGUUAGCACAUUACGCUAGACGGAAAUUAGAUGCGGUAUAUUAUUAUAUGCGAUCCCUUAUGGCAUCUAAUCCUUUCCAUUCUGCGCGAGAGAGUUUAAUAGCACUUUUUGAUGAAAAUAGAAAAAAGUAUGAAUCAACGGAACGGAAAAGGAAAGAGGAGAGAGAAUGGAAAGAACGAGCCAGAAUGAAAGAGAAAGAAGGAGCGAAUAAUAUUGGUGGAGGAUUAAGGAGAGAAAUUUGGGUUCAUCCUGGUGGAAGACGAGUUCGUCGUACAACUACUGCAGCCACUGCCAAUGAAGCGAGAUUAUCUCAUAGUGAUUUAGAAGAAUUGGCACAAUUAAGCAGUGUCGAGGUGAAUAAACGAUUUGUCACAUCUUAUCUUCACGUUCAUGGGAAACUGAUCAACAAGAUAGGAAUGGAGACGUUCCAAGAAGCCGGUGUUCAGAUGUUGAAAGAGUUCAGGGCGCUUCUUCAACACUCGCCACUGCCUCUACCCGGUACACGACUUCUUCAGUUGCUGGCUUUGAACAUGUUCGCCAUCGAGUCGACCCAGCUGAAAGAUUCCCAAAUGGAGCAAGGGUACCGGUCCGAGGUCCAAGAAAGGGCACUGGUCGUAUCCUUACAGAUGUUCAAUCUGAUUUUAGAACGUGGCGUGUCCUUGCUCAAGUCUCAGUUGGACAGCGGCGAGGAGCCGAGGAUGGUUGUUAGCGAGGACAUGCAAGUCCUUUUACCAGCUAUCAAGAUCUGGUGCGAUUGGAUGCUCUGUCAUAGUACCGUCUGGAAUCCGCCACCAUCUUGCACGGACUACAGAGUCGGCCCACCCGGGGACGCGUGGAGCAGGCUGGCCACGAUGGUGAACUUGCUGGAAAAAUUGAAUUACUCCAGAAUGAUCCUUAUCCAGGCCAAGGACGCGGAGGGUCGAGAAGACGAACUUGAAUUGGUAAAACUGCCGGAAGAUAUGACUUUGGCAGGAUUCACUCCGUUGAUGUCAAAUCCUCAAGAUCCUUGUUAUGCCGAGAAGAACGAAGAUAUGGAAGUCGCUCAAGUGUGUCUCAGGAUAAACAAGAUUCUGUUCUUCGGCCAAGUGUUCCUGUGCGGCCUCGAGACACCGGUAUUGAAGUUGCAAAAGAGCGAAACUGGCGUAAGCGAGUACGUUUCUGUGGUAGAGGCUUCGAGCACAAGUACGCCGAGUUCACCACCGGAACAGAGCGACUCCGAGCUUCUGGUAGAAAGUUACAGCGAGGGUGAGGACGAGCCUGUAUCCACCAUGAGGAGAUUACCCUUGUGCACAGACGUACCUGACGAUAGCACCGCCCCCGUGGCUGCGGUCGAGAUAAGGUCGCUGAUCGAGAGAAAAGAGGAACUUGAGAGGCGGCAACGGAAACAGGAUCGUCACAGGCAGCGAGUCCAGCAAAUAUUACAAAAGUCUUCAGUAUCAGUGGAGAUCGAAGUGAGACCUAGACAAUUGGUGCCGGAUACUAAUUGCUUUAUCGACUACUUACCACAAUUGCAAAAUAUCACGAAGGCGGUUUCCGGUGCACAGCCAAUUUACACGCUCAUGGUACCACUUGUAGUUCUGAACGAGCUCGAGGGCCUAGCAAGGGGUGCAGACGCCAGAGAUUGUCCUCCAGCUUCGAGGGCAACUUUGGAUCCAGAACAUGUGGCAAGAGUGGCUGAGAGCGCGAAAGCGGCUUUGGCAUUUGCAAGAAGCAGAAAUCCAGCGAUUCGAUGUUUAACCACGAGAGGGACUGUCCUUACGUCCAGUACAUUCACGGUAGAAGAGGAUGUUGAUAAGGACGGGCUGACAAGAAACGAUGACAGAAUACUUGCUACGUGCUUGAGCCUCUGCAAGGCGGGUAACAAAGAUCAAGCGAAUGCAGAAGAGGGUCAGCCACGACGACUGAGAAGGGAGGUCGUCCUGCUAACGGAGGACAGGAACCUGAGGGUGAAGGCUCUUGCCAGGGAUGUUCCUGUGAGAGAGGUACCCGAUUUCAUGCAAUGGGCCGGCCUCGGCUGAGACACUUUUCCGACCAAACACACCCGCUAACGAAAAAUCUCCCGUUACCAUCCCCGCCGAGUAAAAACUUGACCAGCAGCCAGCAGCAGCAGCAGCAGCAACAGCAGCAGCAGCAGCAGUAGCAGCAGCAAGAUAAAAAGGAAAGGAAAGAAAGCGUGGAGGAAAAAGCAGGAAAGGGAAAUGAAAAAAAACGGAAGAAGGAAAGAGGAUAUAUAUCUCUCGCCAUCGUGCUCCCCAUCCCCGACCCCGAAAAAUCAUGGCCGAUCACCCGUCAAUUUGCGCGCGACGACGGAUCUAUUUGUUUCUACACGUAAGUUCGUCCUGAUUGUCGAGGUGUAAUCCCCCACCCCCUCCCCCUCCCCGUGCCUGUUCAUCAGCUGAUGAUGCGUUCUCUUGUUGACGAGACGAAGGAAUUUUUUUUUUUUCUUUUUUUCUCUAAACAGAGAGGUAUCGGGUGAACGUGAAAAUAAUUUUCCACGGCGAUCGACGUAUUAGGGAUAUUAUUGGUAUUUCGAAUAGAAAGCGAUCCGAGUCGUUCAAUAAAAAAAAAUUAUAUGGGUGUUAAACGAGGUAGCUCGUUUUUAGUAGGAGGAGACAUUGAGAAGGAUGAGUGUGAGAGAGAGAGAGAGAGAGAGAGAAAGAGACGAGCAAAUCUAGCGUGAUCACAAACUUUAUCACCUUGGAAAUUUUCUUUCUAAUAUGUAAUACUUUUCUUAUUAUUUUGUCUAUUUUUUUUUUUCCCCUCCCCUUCAUUAUCUAUUAUCGCUUCUCAUCCUAUUUAUGUUUGUGAUUUUUCUCGCUCUAUAUUAUUUUCUUUUUUUCUUGUUCUUCUUCUUUUCUUUUCUUUUUUUUUUCUUUUUCUUUUUCUUUUUUUUUUCUGUGGUUAAUUAAUAAAAGAAUCGGAUAGAAUUAUCGAAGGGAAUAUUUCUUACGUGUGAUCAACGUAAUUCGAUUGCGAAUUAAAUUUCUUUGACCGAAUAGAGAGAAAACGAACGGGUGUCGAAAGUAACCGCGAGAGAAUGCUAAUUAGCUGAAUCAUAUCGGAGCAAGAUAAUUUAAGAGUGAGAGAAGGAGAGAGCGAGAGAAUAUAAUGGUGAUUCUCGGAUAUAUAAGAGAAAGCGAGAAAAUCGAUAGGAGAGAAGAUUAUCGGUAUUUUUACACACGAGAAUAUUUUUUUGGUUGACUUUUAUCGAUGAUGACCGCCCCGCGGCCGGCUUCAUUUUUCUGUGUACCUUCCUUUUAUCAUGUUUGUAACGAUCUAUACGAUCUAUAUAAAAUACAUAAUAUAUGUAUAUAUUUAUAUAUACAUAUGUUAUAUAUUUGUAAGCACUUUUGAAUAUUGUAUACGCCGUAUGCGGUCGUUGGAGGAUGCGUUCGGAAUCCGCGUACAUCCACGUGUGUGUCGCUUGUGUCUCCUUUUCCUCUCUUUUCCUUUUCUUCUCUCUCUCUCUCUCUCUCUCUUCCCCUCCUCUCUCUCUCUCUCUCUCUCUUUCUGGUUUUGCAAUUAUUUUUUUCUCUUUCUUCUCUUUCCAGAUUUUCGUUUUCACUUCCCUUUUCCCGACCUCCGUCUAUUUCUUUCCUUUCAUCUUUUAUUUUCCUUUUUCCCCCCUUCCUUUUCUUUUCUUUCCGUUGCACACGUAACAAAAGUUACCCUCGCACGCGGUGUGUUCCUAAUUUUUCUUUUUCCUUUUUUUUCCUCUCUCUCUUUUUUUUUUUUUUAGAAGUAAUUUUCGCUAUUUGUAACGUAUUUUUUUGUCAUUUCUAUUUUUUUCUCCUUUUUUUUUUUUUAACGAUUCGAUGAUUUUUUUAUUCUUUCGAUGUCUUUAUUUUUACUCGCUCUUAGGCUUCGUUUUGUUCUUUUUUUUUUUUUUAUAGAGAUCUCGUUGCGUCUUGUGGAUUAUCGCAGAGAACGAUUUUCGAGAGAUGAUUCGAAUUUUAAAUUUAAAAGGGUGAAAAGCGUUCGAAAUUCGCAGAUUCUUUCUUUAGAUUAAAGCGGGUAUGUUCGAUUAGAAAGGUGUAUUAUGGAUUUUUGGUGGUGAUCGUUUAUAGAUAUUGCAUUACAACUCAAGUUGUAAAAAAAAGAAAAAAAAAAAAAAAAAAAAAAAACAAGAAGAAAAAAAGAAGAAAAAUAAAAUAAAAUUUUAUAGAACUUCUUUCGAUUUCCAUGGCGAAAUAAAAGGACCAAACUAAGUAUACAAUACUUAAAUGCAAUACUUAAAACUAAUUUUCAAUUUUCAAUUUUAAAAAUCCCUUGUUUUCCCUCCCAAAUUUCAAAAGUCGUACUUUCAGAAGUCGUUAAAAACUGAUAGAUUUUAAUCCCCAUCAUAAAAAUCCGCAUACACCUAAAAAAAAAAAAAAAAAAAAAAAAAAGAAGAAAAGAAAAAAAAAAGAAAAAAAAAACAAAGAAGAAAAAAUGAAAAGAUAUUGUACACGGCCAUAGUCCACAGGACUUUACGAGAAGGAUUUUAAUUUCUUUUUAUAUAAUAAUUUUCGCGCCCGGUGUUGGCGCAACGAAAAUACGAAAAAUAUUUUUACAGCAGAAAAAUGACGGCUGUUUUAAACCGGAUACGGAUCAAGGGGAUACGAUCCCAUUUGCAUUUCCUACUAACGCGAACUUUUUUUUUUUUUCAAAGCCCACGCCGUCCCGAAUCCUCGUCGUUUUCCAGCGACUGCGCGCGUGCCACUGUCGAGAGCGUGUCGCGAGUAUCGCGUGAAUUUUUUAAUCGAGACACAUACACACACAUAUAAAGAAACACACACUUGCACCCGUCGAAAAUGGCAGAGACGCGAAAUUAGAACGAAACGCCUGUUCAUUUCACUCGUAACUGCCUCUCAAUGUACAACGGUUCCUUUCGUUUGGCGGACACGACGCCAUUUUGUCGAGCAAUCCGUGCGCCAUUUCGCGUGCCAACGCGGCCAGUUUGAAAUUCCGUCGAUGAGAACGAUGAAUUUGUGAAUUAAAUUUAAAUUUCCUUCGUUUAGAUUAAAUAGUAUAUCGUUUCCCUUUGUGCUUGUAAUAUUUCGUUGGUUAAGUAGUAGACAUUUUGUUAGAUCGAAGAUAUUAUAUACGGGAAAUAUUAAUUCGAUUAACCUUUCACUGGUGGUUUGAAGGAUGAUCGUGGGUAUUCAACGUCCAAUUUUUCAUCCGAACAUUUAUUUGUACAUACCGAACAUUAAUUGUGCAGGAACAAAUUUUUGUGACUGCAUCAUUUACGAGAACUGUUACGAGAACCGAAUCAUUUUUUAUUUUAGAAAUGUUCAAUUUUUAAGGGUUUAUUGAAAAUCCUGAUAUUUCAAACUAUUAAAUAAUAUAAUAAACAAAAUAAUAUAAUAAUAAUAAUAAUGAUAAUAAUUAUAAUUAUAAUUAUAAUAAUAAUUAUAAUAAUAAUAAUAAUAGACUUUUCUAUUUCGAAAUAUUCCAUUAGCGAUUUGUCACCAGUUGAAGGUUAAUUUAGUUAGGUUAUGUUCUUUGUUGGACCAUAAAUAUUAGAUAUUGUUUUUCAUUGCAAUGAUAAUAUUUUGUCAGUUAAAUGAUUGAUCACGCAAUUUUAUAGAGAAAUUUACAAUUUAUCUUAUUAUUAAAUUUACAAUUAAUCUUACAAUUUUGAUAAUAGGUAUAGGAAUACUUAGAAUCGCAUAUCGAACAAAAAAAAAAUGGUACAAUAUAUAGUGGAAAGAAAAUUAUCGUUAUUUUAUCAAUGAAGUAAAUGUCAUUUAAUGAAUCAAUUUUAUACAAUAUUUUAUUAAUCAUUAUAUUAAACAAAUAAUAUUAUUCAUGAAUGAAAAAUCAUUUUAUUAUUGAAGUUGGCACCAUCCACACAAAAAUGGCGUCGUUUCAUCAUCAUAGAUGAAGAUCACGUGCACGUAUAUACAAGUGAAACGCUUAAUAAAUUUAAAUCUCACCAAAUGAAAUAUCGUAAUUGUUAAAACACGAAAUAAUCGUUCACGGGGCGAGAUAUCUCACAGUAUUCACAGAUUAUUAUCGGAGAAUAAAAAAAUAUAGAGAUUUUCAAAUGUUAGAUUUGCUCGAUAUUUCAUAAGGCAAUUUUCUCUGUUCUUUCGCCACCCUCUGUGACACCCCCUACCCAACUUUACACGAUUUUUACGAUCUUCGAACGAUUAAAAUUAAUCUUAGACACUCUUUAAUCGAAUCAAAUAAACAUAAUUGUUAAACUAUCGAUCCAUUAUAUUAAUAACGUACGAUCCUCUUUGAACUUUACAUGUAUAUACGUAUAUAUUAUAAGAAAAGAGAAAGGAAAUAAUGAACAUAAGUGAAACGGUUAAAAUCAUAUCGCGUUGCAGAGGGUAGUCGGUAAAUCGUGCAUCAGGAUAACAAAUUAAAGGAUAACGAAUUAAUAUCGAUAUUCGUCAGUUGUGCAAGAUAUCAAAUUGUUAUUGUACGUCGUAAACGAUCAAAAAAUGAUGAAGGAACGUAUUCGAUCGUUUCGUUGCAUCGUGAUAAUCAUCGUACCAGACCUAAUUAUCGAUGGAAGGAAGAAAUAUUUGUACGUGUACGUGAACGAUGGAGAAAGGACGAAGAGAGUUAUGCGGAAGAAAAUAUUAGAAGAGAAUUGCGCUUUUUAUUGUUGUCUGCGAACUUUUGUCCCACAGAUUUUCAAUUGUACAAACAAUAAAAUAUUAUCAAAGAGAUCUAUUAUCAAGAAUCGUAAGCAAUAAAUAUAGAUACAUAGAAAUAAUCAAAUAAUAAAUUGGAUAAUUGAUUCGUAUCAUACGCGUGUUCAAAUUGAAGAAAAGGGGGGAGAAAAAAUUGGGGAAGAGUCGCUCAGAACUUCGAAUCUUCAAAUCUUUUUUUUUUUUUUUGCGAUUUGAAACUCUCGAAAAAUUCAGAUAAAGGAUAAAUAUCCUUAUUUAAUUAAUAAUGAUUCGAUAAAAUUUUUUCAUCCGAAAUAUUUACCCUUAUUUGUAAUAUAAUUAUGUAAUUUGAGAAUCAAAGAAUUUUAAUUCUUGACAAAAUAGAUUCUUCUUAGAAAGAUAGAAAGAGAGAAGAGAGAGGGAGAGAGAAAGAUAGAAAGAAAUAAACGUCUCGAUAGUUUUAACGUUUCCAGAGUUUCGAGACUUCGCAAAUAUUAUUAGGAUUCGAAGUUAAAAACAGAGUCUCUUCGACUGAUCUUUAAAAAAAAAAAAAAAAACGAUAUCUUGUGUUCAAUUUGAUAUCAUUAUCGCGAACAUUCCGAAUUUGGCGACGAUCGCCGACUGAUUGAUUUGAAGAUUGAUUUUGGAGAUAUCGUUUCUAAGAUUUCGAUGAUCGCACGCGACGUGACGGAUCCGUGGAUCGCGAAAUUAUCGUUUAACUUUGUUCCGGUUUGUUAAAUAAGCGAGGCGGCCGACUCGCUCGUUGAUUUUUAUUUGCCGUGAUCGUGGCGAGAGCGUUCUCGCCGAGUUUUAAACCUCUACCCAUUUCGAAUAUCUUCGUCGAACCUUCAAUCGAUCAUUGUUGCGUGGUCAGACAUUUUUUCUUUUUUUUUUUUUUCUUAAUUGAUAUCGUACGUGGAUAUUUAUGCGAUUUGUAAUAGGGUGUAAUAGGAUAAUUUUUUUUCAUUCGUCGAAAGAGUUUUUUGAUCUUAAAGUUGAUCAAAAAUAGGUAAAUUAUUAGGAUUCUUUUUUUUUUUUUUUUAAUCUAUGUUUUAGGAUUAAGAAGAAGUAAAAUGUGGUUGAAACGAAGGAUUGAAACGUUGUUGAGAAAGCUGAUUUUUUUUUUAUUUCUUUUUAUUUUAUUUUAUUUUUUUUUUGUUUUUAUUAAAAACUUUUAUUCCUUGACAUUUUUACGAAUUUUUCUUUUUUCUUCUUAGAAUCAAGCAAUUUAAUUUAUGAAUCGGAGCGAAUGAUUUUUCAUUUCAUUCAGACGUUUCACACUUCGUCUCGAUAGUAUACUUUAUAUAAGUCGUCUAUAUUUUAAUAGAUUUAGAAAUAUGAUGCCGAGGAUCAUUUUAUAAUAUAUCUACGAUUACAAAAAUUAAAAUUUAGUUAAAAUUUACAUUAUAUAACAAUUAUAAGAAUUAUAUAUCUGAAUUUUACAUUUAAUGAUUACUUAUAAUAACAGUAAGUAAGAAAAGUUCCAACAUUAAUUACUUACAAUAAAAAAAAAAUAAGUAAAUAAUAAAAGUUACCACAUUUUUACUUAUUUUUAGAUACUUUAAGAUCUGUGUAUCUCCUUAGAGAACGGAGAGAUGGAAAAUUUAAAAAAAAAGAGAGAGAGAAAGAGAGACAGAAAGAAUGAAAAGUUGAAUAAAUAAGGGACCGAGAUAGACGAGAAACGCGACGUGUCCUAUUUUUCGACAAAAACUCUAGUUACUUAACGAUCUAUAGCGAUUAAUUAUGCGAGAAGAGUGAGAGGGAACGAGUGAAAGAGAAAGCGAUCGAGAGACACGACAUGGGGGGAGAACAAAAGCGUAUGUAAUUAAAUUAAAACUCCUCUUGAUCGUGCCUUUUCGAUUGUUUCUUAUUUUUCUUCUUCUUCUUCUUCUUUUUAUUCUUUUCUUUUCUUAAAUUAGUCUUACAUUAGUCAUUGCUAUUAAUGUUAAACACUUUUCCUCUUUUUAUCAUGUAGAACGUAUGUAUUAAACGAUAGGAAAGAUAAUCAUAAUUCCACUAUUAUCCAAUCUGUUUCACGACGAAAUUCACGACGAGAAUCAAUUUUGAUAUUUCAUCGUUCACGAUAUAAGAUAUAAUACAUUGAGAUAUAUAUAUAUGUUUCACAAGAGAACUACGUUAAAUUAUUUUCUCGUAGGAAAUUAGCAAUAGUUAGAAUUUUUGACAUUUUAAUCUUCGUAUACACGUCUCUUUGUACACAUAUUCCAUUGAAAUUGAUUUCUUCCUGUGAGCAAAGAUUCUUUUUUCUUGAAAUUCGUAGUUUUAUUUUUCUUUUUUUUUUUUUUCUUUUUUUUAAAUUACUUUUAUGCGUCGUUACUUAGAAGAAAGAAAAUUUCGGAUUUAUCCUUUUACGAGAUGGUAUAUUCCUUUAAAGAAGAAAAUGAAACUAAGUAAUAGGGAUGUAAUAGAAAAGAAUAAUAAAUGAAAUGUUGAAUGUUUUAUAAUUUUAAAAUAUCCAGAACAAUACGUUCAAACAUUAUAUUUACUGUGCAACAAAUUGAUAUUAAAAAAUAUUAUAAAUUUACAGCAAUGUAGCAUCUUUGAUUUACAACGAGCGAGUUAACUAAUUGAUACUUGUUGAAGCUCGUAUAUCGCAUAAAUUGGGGAGAAAGAAUAAAUAAAUGAAUAAAUCGUUGCAAUUUUUUUUAAUAAAUGUCGAAGAACGCAGUAUAUCGAUCCUCCGCAAUAUAACGUAAGUUCCUUUGUUUCUGCGAAAUGUGCUGACGCCAAGCUCAAGCUAGCUGCGAAAACGUCUUUCAAAACGUCUAUUUUUCUACUAUGUCUCUUCUGCAAUUAAAAAUCAGCAAAGUCGCCUCAUGGCGAUUAAUUUCGUAUUUUUAAUCCUCGAAAGGUGUGAUUAGAUUAUAAACGGUGAUGACAGUUUCGAGUUAAUUUAUUUAAUUCUAGAGUAUUUUAUUUUACUUCGUAUUUUAUACGAUAUUUUACACGAGAAAGUCUAUAUAAUUAUAAAUGUAAGAUAAAAAAAAUUAAUAUAAAAAAAAUAACAUAUGGUUAUGAAAAUAUAAAGAUAUAUAAGAUACACUAAAAAAAAAAUCUAUGCUGUACAGAUCUAGGGAAUUAAAUAACCUAACUUCUGUCAUGAUCGUUAUACUUCAUGAUGAUUAUACUAUAUAUACUAAUUGAGGAUUAAUUACGAACGUUUCUCGGAUAACAUUUGCAAAAACUCAUCUCUAUUUUAUCCAAAUUUACAUUCCAUUCCACCGCGUCAGGCUUUUUCGUGCGAAUGAAAUUUUGAUAUCAAUCUACGUGGAGGAUCGAGAUAUUCUGUUUUCGUUCUAUUCGAUAAAUUGACCGUACAAAUUUGAGAAAAAGAGAUGGAAUAAGAAUUAACAGUUUGAAAUAAUAACGUCGAUGAAUGUUACCGAACGUAAAAUUGGUCGACAUGAUUUAGGCCGCCAUUUUAUAUAUAUUUUCCGGAAGCGGAAAAUCUCGCCUGCUUCCGGGAUCGAUUUAUACUGUAAUUGUACCUAUGUGUACGAAGCUAUACGUAAUAUAAAAUAUGAACACGCGACGCGCAGAAGAAACACACACUGUCACACCGAUUUUAAUUUUUAAGAUUAAUGCAAUAUCGAUUAUAUACGUAUAAUAAUUAGUAUGUAAAAGAACGAUGUGAAAUGGUUAUAUUAAGAUUUAGCAAGAAUUUUUCCUUUUUUUAGUAUUUUUUUUCUUUCUUUUCUCCAUUUCGAAACGAGAUGUGACAACGUUAUCGAUAUGCCGAUAGUGAUGAUGAGAAUGAUGAUAAUAAUGAUGAUGGUGAUCACUAUGACGAUGCAGCGGUAGAAUUUUUAGGCUAAUCAUUUAUUACACUUAUGAAAAAUGUCACUACUAUAGUGUUACCACUUUGAUUAUUCAAUAAAACGCGACGUUGACGGAAUCGCUGUUGAACUCA